AGCUACCUGCAUUUUGUAAACAAAACUUACCACAAGCAAGUAUGUUGCUGCAAUGAUUACAGCAUCCCAGUCGUUUGUCCAAGACCUGACAGGUGAAGUUCUGAUGGCCUGCGACAACAACAAGGCACAUGAUAUGGCAAAGAAACAACCGGUAACAAGGACAAGGAGUGCAUAGCAGAUGUCAGAGAUCCAAGCCCGCGCUCGAAGUGAUGGUUUUCGCAUUCAACUAUGACAUGCGCAAAGUGUCUUGGUGGCUUCAAUUGCUUUGUAUUACGUAAAACUAUCGUCCAACACUCAUUUAUGACUUAGGACAACGUACAUGACGACUUCUACGGAACCACCCUACUAUCUCUUGGUGUCUCAUUCGUCUUUUCAGCACAGCCCUGGUCUGAGUUCCAACUCCCUCGCGCAUGCAAGCAUAGAAUAUCGCUAUGCGGACGACUCACCUUUGAUCCUCUUGUCGCGUCAUCCUGACGAGCAUGUCCUUGUGUUAAAUCAUGAUCCAGGAAAGGGAGAUACACCAACGGUUCAGAGCACUUCUAGUCACAUGGCUGUAACGGGCAUCAAGGUGUCUGUGGCACCUGGUGCUAGCGCCAAUGAGGAACACAGCGCGAACGAUAAUAUGUAUGUUUUGGAAGUUACAUCCACUUCUGACGACCACUUGAGCAUGGAGUCAUCCCAUGUCUCCUUACAGAACCCCCAAGCAAUAGUUGCUCGGUUCAAACAGAGAAAUACGGUGCUUCGUUGUGUCUUCGAUUACCCCGGAAUCGGGAAGGCCAGUGGUAUCUCGCCAUCUCGGUCUAGCUCACGGCCAAGAUCGCCACGUCCGACGUAGUUUCACGCAUGUAAUACAUUAUAUUUCAACCACAGCCACUUCUCCCCUUCUGUGAAAGAAAUGUAGGAGUAUAUGUCAUCGGCGUUUAUUGCCUUUACCAGCUUUC